UAUUAUAAUGGAGGCCAAAAGGCCUAGAGCCUCACUAUCAAACAUGUUAUUACAAGACGGUAACCUUCCACAAUCCAAUUUCGUAUCAUUUCACCUUGUCAGUAUCCAACUCUUUCAACCCCACCACACUCAAACCGUGAAAACUGGCAAUUUUUGAUUCUUCACAGAUCAGAUAAACUGGUCUGGGAUUUUAAGUGUGGUUUUUUCUUAUUGUUUGUAUUAUUCUUUCUUUCAACUUUCUCUUCUACUUAUAACUAGUUACAUCUCUUUCUUCUGAGCAAGAAACCUGCAUAGAAGAAAAUCUUUAUCUGAUAGAAUGAACAUAUCAAAUUCUGAAUAUAGUAGCGGUUGUGAAUCCGGAUGGACUACGUAUUUCGAUCAAUUUUCGAAUUACUCGGGUCGAUACAACUCGAGUUUUGGUAGGCCUAUUGAUGAGUAUUAUGGAAAAGGAAGUUAUGCCAAUGAUGAAUCAGAAGAAGAAGAUCUAUCCAUGGUGUCUGAUGCAUCAUCUGGCCCUCCGAUUCUCAAUGAGUACGAAGAAUCCCCCGUUGGACGUCUAAUGAAGAGCAAGCAGAAGAAGAAAACAAAAGAGCAACAAAAAUUGUAUCUUGGUGAUACUGCUAGCUCACCUUUCAUUCAUUUCUCCCAGGACAAUGUAGGAUCUUUUGGCAAUCAAAAUGAAAAGGAACAUGUCCCUUAUUUCUCAAAAGAAGCAUCUGCUGCAAAUUUCGCGGGCGAAUCUACAAGGAAAAAGCAUUUAAAUUUCCUCAAACCUUCGAUGAAAGGGAAAUCAGCAUCAGGAAAAUCAGGUUUUCUGGGAAAAAAGAAGCACUAAGAAAUGAAUUUGGAAGUAAAAGGAAAAGGGCAAUACAAUUUCUGAGGGUCUUGUUGUUCUCUCUUUAGAUUUUAUUUUAUUUUUCUACCUUGUAAUUUUCUCCUGUCCAUGUAGUAGGUAACAACCUGCACAAAAAUGUAAACAAAAAUAAGAAAUUCUUUUUCCCUAGAAAUUUCUUCCAUUUAACUUUGGAGUGGAUGAGAUACUUAACAAGAUUUUGAUUAUUU